AAUGGCUUUGUGGUACUCAAAGGCCAGCCACGUAAGAUCGUCGAGAUGUCUACUUCGAUGACUGGCAAGCAUGGCCAUGCCAAGGUCCACCUGGUUGGUACUGACAUCUUUACUGGGAAGAAAUAUGGAGAUAUCUGCCUGUCAACUCGUAACAUGGAUGUCCCCAGCAUCAAAAGGAAUGACUUCCAGCUGAUUGGCAUCCAGGAUGGGCACCUAUCACUGCUCCAGGACAGCAUGGAGGUGCGAGAGGACCUUCAUCUGCAUGAGGGAGACCUUGUCAAAGAGACUGAGCAGAAGUACAGCUGUGGAGAAGAGAUCCUGAUCAUGGUGCUGUCUGCCAUGACUGAGGAGGCAGCUGCUGCUAUCAAGGCUCCCAGGGUGGCAGUGGUGGCAGCAGUGAUCCUCCCAAGAGGCCCCCUCCCCCAGCCUGGCUUGGCUCUGGCCUGGUCCUAG